AAAGGGAAAAGUAACUCAGGAGAGGAGAAAACUUCAUACUAGAGAGACGCGCUCGGAAGGCGGGGGAAACCUAUUUAGCUACUAAUCGAUCCGCUGAGAUGUGACCACAGACGGCACCUGAUAAGCUGCUGGUUGGGUUUAUUCGGAUGGGACCGAGUGCGUGUUUCAAAGUUGGAUUAAUGCGGUGAGCCGCAUUUGGACUGGAUGAAGAAGGAGCGCUGGAGUUCUCACCGCUGUGACUAACUUAUUUACAACUCGCUGAACUUUUCGGGACCAGUUUCCAUCACCGUCAGACGUCUGUCUGCUGUUUUAAUCUGGGACAACCACUAUUCUUUAAAAACAACUUCGGCGCUGCGUCUUUUAACAAUUAGACGCACGUUAUCGAGGGGGACUGUGAGAACGCGAUUUUAGAUCCUUUUAUGGACACGACCGUGCAGUAUAACCACUCAUUCACGAGGACAGUGGGUGAUACGUGUUCGUUUGUGAAUUACCUUUGAUUUGUAAUACCUCGAGGAAAACUUGAGAGCGGAGUGGAGACUUGUCAGAAAUGAGUUCUGCUGGAGCGGACAGCCGCUCACCGCAGCAGGGUUGUUGGUGCCGCUAGCCUAGCUCGGUGUCCCGACGAGACAAUUCAUGUGCCACCAGAAGCUUUUACUUUACUCGGAGCUGUAUUAAUAUUCCACCCGGAGAGCUCGGCGGCCGCGCUAUCAGACUGGAUACAAAAUGGCGGCGUCCCGGGCACGGUUUGGAUGUGUGUCUCGGUGUGUUUUUUAUUUAAUGUUGUCGCUCGAGCUGCUCAACGGUUACGGAGUGAGUUUGGAUUCGCCGUGUCCUCGGGGCUGUGUCUGCAGCGGGGGCUCGGUGGACUGUGGCGGGCUGGAGCUGACAGCGACGCCUCUGGACCUUCCCGUCCGGACCGUCUCCUUAAAUCUGGGCCACAAUAAGCUGACGUCCAUCAGCAUGGAGGCUUUUGCCAGUCUUCGUAACCUGAGUGAAUUGCGUCUGGAUCACAAUGAGCUGACCUCCAUACCAGAUUUAGGGCAAGCUGCUUCCAAAGUGGUGUCCCUCUACUUACAUCAUAAUAAGAUCCGGAGUAUAGAUGGCCAGCGGACGAGGGAGCUGGUCUCUUUGGAAACCCUGGACCUAAGUAAUAAUGACAUCACUGAGCUACGAGGACACUGUUUUCCUGCGGGGCUUCGAAUCCGAGACCUGUAUCUUAGCAACAACAAGAUCCGUAUGCUGGAUGUGGGAGCUCUGGAUCAUCUGGCCUCAACCCUACAGAUCCUGAGACUGAGCCGAAACCGCAUCAGCCAGAUCCCCAUUCGGGCCUUCCAGCUUCCAAGGCUCACCCAGCUCGAGCUGAGCCGGAACCGAAUCCAUCAGAUUGAGGGUCUGACCUUUCAGGGUUUGUCCAGUUUGGAGGUGCUGAAACUGCAGAGGAACAGCAUCAGCAAACUGACGGAUGGAGCCUUCUGGGACCUCUCCAAGAUGAAAGUCCUACACCUGGAGUACAACAACCUGACGGAGGUGAACAGUGGCUCCCUGUAUGGCCUGAGCUCUCUUAUGCAGCUGUUCCUCAGUAACAACUCAAUAUCCCACAUCAACCCUGAUGGAUGGAAGUUCUGCCAGAAGCUAAAGGAACUGAAUCUGUCACACAACAACUUGACUCGUCUGGAUGAGGGAAGCCUGGCUGUCCUGGGGGAUCUCCACAUUCUCCGGCUGGGACACAACUCCAUCAGCCACAUCAACGAGGGAGCUUUCAGGGGCCUCAAGGCCCUGCGCGUCCUGGAGCUGGACCGUAACGACAUCUCAGGGACAAUAGAAGACACCAAUGGGGCCUUCUCUGGAUUGGACAAACUCAACAAGCUGACUCUGUUUGGAAACAAGAUCAAAUCGGUCGCCAAGAAAGCCUUCACUGGCCUGGAGACCCUCGAACACCUGAAUUUGGGGGAGAAUGCCAUCCGUUCCAUCCAGCCCGAUACCUUCGGUAGGAUGAGGCACCUGAGAAGCCUUCUCCUUCAGAGCAGCAGUUUCCUGUGUGACUGCCAGCUCCAGUGGCUGCCCAGCUGGCUGGUGUCACGGGGUCUGCAGGGCGGUGUGAACGCCACCUGUGCCCACCCGGUGAGCCUACAGGGAACCAGCAUCUUUGACGCUCCAGCCAGCAGCUUCCUGUGUGAUGACCUCCCCAAGCCCCAGAUCAUUGUUCAGCCCGAGAACACAGCCACCAUCCUCGGUAGCGACAUGCGUCUCACCUGCACGGCCGCGAGCAGCAGCUCCUCCCCCAUGACUUUUGCCUGGCGUAAAGACCAGGAGCUGCUUCGUCAGGCUGAGAUGGAAAACUACGCCCAUAUGCACGCGCACCACCAAAGUGCUACAUCUGAUGCGCCUGCAGCUGGAGGAAGAGGCAGAGUGACGGAGUACACAACAAUCCUGCACCUGCGGCGUGUCACCUUUGACCACGAGGGACGAUACCAGUGCAUCAUCAGCAACCACUUUGGCUCCACCUACUCCAAUAAGGCCCACGUCAUUGUUAACGAGAUGCCGUUCUUCAUGAAGACUCCCAGGGACAGCACCAUCCGAAUGGGCCACACCGCCAAGUUGGAGUGUGCUGCCAAAGGCCAUCCCGCCCCUCAGAUCGCCUGGCAGAAGGACGGCGGCACAGACUUCCCCGCUGCCCGCGAUCGCCGAAUGCACGUCAUGCCCGAUGACGACGUGUUCUUCAUCAUGGACGUCAAGCCGGAGGACAUGGGGGUGUACAGCUGCACCGCCAAGAACACGGCGGGCAUCGUCUCCGCCAACGCCACCCUCACCGUGCUGGAAACGCCACACCUGGCCCAGGAUCUGAAGGACCACAGCGUGGUGGUGGGAGACACUGUGGCCCUUCAGUGUAAAGCCCUCGGCAGCCCACCUCCUCGCAUUACCUGGUUACAAAACGACCAGCCGCUGCGUCCGUCUGACAGGCAUCACUUCACCCCGGGGAACCAGCUGCUGGUCAUUGGCUCCGCCUCCUUGGAGGACGCCGGCCGCUACACCUGCCUGAUGUCUAACACCCUGGGCACGAAGCGUGCCCACAGCCAGCUGAUUGUGACCCAACACAGGAGCAGCUGUGCAUCUCCAGCAGGUCUGAGCACGUUCAUCAUAGGCAUCAUCGUCAUCGCCGUGGUUACGAGCAUCGUGGCGACUUCUCUGGUGUGGGUGUGCAUCAUCUACCAGACCAGGAAGAAGAGCGAGGAGGGCAGUGUUACCAACACAGAUGAGACCAUCAUCCCUCCAGAUGUCCCCAGCUACCUGUCCUCGCAGGGGACGCUGUCUGAGCGACAGGAUGCGUGUAUACGUGUGGACGCUGGAGGUGGACCUCACCCUAAUGGACAUGUUGCUGACACCACAGGUUUUCAUGAGGCGGUGGUGUGCACAGACUGCAUGGAGGGCAGCAACAUUUACCCCAAACAGCCCGACUACCUGGCCCACGGGCUCAGUCCUGUUGUAGUGGCGGACUACCAGCAGCAGCUUGCCCCCCCACCUUACUCCCACUGUCACCCAGAAGAGCUGCACGAAGCACCCCCCCACUGCAACGGAUCUCCACACGGAAUCCGGAAGGACAGCCACGGAUCCACGUUCCCCAAAACCCACAUCUCAGUCCAGCUGAGCCAAGACGACAGAACAGGGAGCAGAGUGGGACACACGCAGGACUCCUUCCAUAAACCGGUGAAGCUGACGAGCCCCAGACGUGUGGACGAGGACUGUGAACCUGAGCUCAGACAGACUCUGCUGUCCAAUGGACACGCCCUCAGGGCCUCUCAGACUGAGAGCGCCCCUCUGAGGAGAGCCAGCGACUAGCAAAUCCAGCUCAACACGUGAACUUUUCUAAAGAUUUUCUUUGCACUGGUAAAUGAACUGCUACCUCAUAUCGAGGGGAAUGGUCUCGGGCUUCCUGGAUACGGACUGACGGGGAGCGCCGAGCAGAAAGGGGAGAAUGCGGCAGGAGCGUCCGGAGUUUGAAGGCGGAGCUUUUGUGGGUGGCGUCCCAUCUGAGCGUAUCAGUUGUAUAUAGUUUAAAACCUUCCUUUGGGAGGUGACCAGUAAAAAUUCUAGCUCCAUAAAAUGUGACUUGCAUUUGAAGCGUGUAAAUGUAGGGAGUUUGUAUAGCCGGUGUGCAGCGGGGGGAUGUGUGACUGUACAUAAGAGUUUUCUUAUAUAUUAUAUAACAAGAGUGUUUGAAUAUUUGUGCAUGAAAAAUAAACGGAGUGAUAUUUUUAUUUUUCUUAGAAAAAAAACUGCCAUUUUCAGCUUUGACCAACAUUCAGCUGCAGUGCCUUAUUGCAUGAUCAAAGCCAACUCCACCUGUGUUUUAGUGAGGGACACCGGUCCACCUUUUAUAGUCAACAAACCGUUUGAUUGCACUUGUUUUUCUUUUUUCGGGACGAACUCGGCCAGCGAUGGCCUUACAGACGUAACUCCGUUGUGGUAUGAAGGAAGAGCUUUGAUGUGAAAUAUUUUUGCUACGUCAGAUGGUGCGAGGAUAGUGGGCAGUCGGUUCAAGCACUUUUGUAAAAAAAAAAAAAAAAAAAAAAAGCUCACUCCAUAAACGGAUUGUGCACAUCAUCUGCAAACAGGAAUGCAGGAACCUUCUCCAUGUGAGAAGUUUCCGUUGAAGCUCUUCCGCCAUUUUGCUUACUUUACUCUGAAGAAGCUGCUCUAAUCUCUGGAUAAACGCUUCUGUUCUAGAAGAUCGGUUCUUAAGUUGUCAGGCUAAUGUGGUGAAACUCAAGUUCUGUGAAAGAAUGUUGACCUUUCAGUUAAAGCCACAAUUAGGAGCUCCUGAUUGGCCGAUUGUGACAUUGUUACUGCUGUAAAGCCACAGUUCAGAAACAAAAGGCCAGUAUUCCACCUGAGUCUUGUGAAAUGUGUUCAAACCAAACCCAGCACUACACCGGGUCGCCUUCAGUCAGCUAGUUGUUCCCUCCCAGUCAGAGCCCUGUUCUCCAGCCGGUGGCCUCGUAGAGGUAAGGUGGAGGACAUGCUCCUCUGAUUACACCUGCGAGCACCCGAGAUCCUGCUGGAAAACCGACCCCAGUGUGGCACACUUAAAGGUGGAGUGUGUGUUCAUGUUUAGGAGCAUUUUUACCAUUCUGUGACUCCAGGGGGGACAAGGGACAAGAGGGAGCUGUUGGAAAACUAAUUUAUUGAAGCAAAACUGUCUGUACCGAUGUCAAAGCUACAACAGUGAAGUGUCUAAUAAAAAAGCAACCUAAAAAAACUCA